GUCAAUCUGCGCAUCGUUCGAUCCACGGCUGAGAGAUCGACGACUUAACCAACGCAGUCGGACCGAGACGAUUUAGCGUGAUAUCUUUUGGAUUCUAGAAAAUGGCAUGGUUGUGCGCCCGCACCGCGCUCCAAACAUGUCGACGGCGGAUCUCCUAUAGCCUCGUCCAAAGGAAAGAAUUUGCCGAUCCGCUCGAUCAUGCAACAGGCUUGGAGAAGAGGGAAAUGCUCGCCGUUUUAGCCGGUAACGAGGAUCCAUACAAUAUGACUAUAAAGCGACGAGCAACUAGCACAAAGGAAGAUCCUAAUGUAGUCUAUAGUGCAUUUGAAAGUCGCAUAAUGGGUUGCAUUUGCGACGAAGACUCACAACACGUCAACUGGAUGUGGUUGCACCAAGGUCCUCCACGCCGCUGUGAAUGCGGGCACUGGUUCAAACUGGUUGAGAAGGCACCUAUAUAAUAUUCCUAAGAACAUGCGAGAUAGUGGAUUGUUUUCAGCAUAGAAUUAACGUUACAUUAGACAGUAAUUAAUGUCUACAAACAUUUAUUUACUAUGUCCUGCCUCCAUCCUAUCGAGAAAUUAAAUGGAUCAUUUAUUGUAUGGAAAUUGCAGAAAUAAAUAUAUUGUAAAUAUUA